ACCCCCAGACACAGCCGCCGGGCCAAAGUCGGCGGGCACCGCCUCCCUCUGCAAAUUACGCGUAUUUCCAUUUCGUUCGGUUUCCCACGCUUUACGAGCAACCCGAACACCCAAAAUCAGUCCGUCAAUUCUUUACACUUGCAAAAGAGUAACACUAGAAAGGGCCAAUAUGGUGAAGAAGAAAGAAAAGACGGUGAACGUAAACGGAAAACCGAAGCACUCGCUUGACGCGAACCGUAAGAAUGGGAAGACCAGCAACGUGCGCAGCGCCUCCACGGUGCGGCGGCUCAAGAUGUACAACACCAGGCCCACGCGCGAUAGCAAGGGCAAGAUCCUCAAGAACGAGUUUCAGUCCAAGGAAUUGCCAAGCACUCGUAUACAACCCGAUCGGCGCUGGUUUGGGAAUACUCGGGUUGUGAAUCAGAAAGAGCUCGAAUUUUUUAGGGAAGAGCUCCAGAGCCGAAUGUCAAGUAGCUAUAAUGUCAUUUUGAAGGAGAAAAAGCUGCCCUUGUCCCUCUUAACUGAUCACAGGAAGCAAGCUAGAGUUCAUCUUCUCGACACAGAACCUUUCCAGGAUGCAUUUGGACCAAAGACGAAGAGGAAACGCCCAAAGCUCUUGGCAUCUGAUUAUGAGUCUUUAGUUAAGAAAGCUGAUGAUUCUUAUGAUGCCUAUGAUCAAAAGUAUGGUGCCGGCACAUCUGCUGAAGGAACUGAUGGAGAUGGAUUUAGAGACUUGGUUAGGCAUACGAUGUUUGAGAAGGGUCAGAGUAAAAGAAUAUGGGGUGAACUCUACAAAGUAAUAGACUCAUCAGAUGUGGUUGUCCAGGUUUUGGAUGCAAGGGACCCGCAAGGUACGAGGUGUUAUCAUUUAGAGAAGCACUUGAAAGAGCAUUGCAGUCAUAAGCACUUGAUUCUUCUGUUAAACAAGUGUGACCUGGUUCCCGCUUGGGCAACGAAAGGUUGGCUUAGAGUAUUAUCCAAGGAAUAUCCAACUCUAGCAUUUCAUGCAAGCAUCAAUAAAUCAUUUGGCAAGGGGUCUCUUCUAUCUGUGCUGAGACAAUUUUCCCGCCUAAAAAGUGACAAGCAGGCUAUAUCUGUGGGAUUUGUUGGAUAUCCCAAUGUUGGAAAGUCAUCGGUUAUCAAUACAUUGCGCACGAAGAAUGUUUGCAAGGUUGCUCCUAUUCCAGGGGAGACUAAGGUGUGGCAGUACAUAACACUUACAAAGAGGAUCUUCUUAAUUGACUGCCCUGGGGUUGUUUACCAGAACAGUGAUUCAGAGACUGAUAUUGUAUUGAAGGGUGUGGAAAAUGACUUUCUAGUUCAGCUAUGCAAAUUAACAGGCAAACUAUUGAGGGGUGGUGAACCUGACUUGAUGACUGCGGCAAAGAUGGUGCUCCAUGACUGGCAGAGGGGUAGGAUACCCUUCUUUGUUCCCCCUCCACGACAAGAUGAAUCCUCAGAGGAACCCAGUGUGUGUGGGAUAGAUACAGAAGCAGUUGCAGAUAAUCAGGCCGCGGCAGCAUUUAAAGCCAUUGCAACUGUAAUGUCCUCGCAGCAGCUAAAAAGCGUUCCAGUCCAAAGAGAUCUCUUCAGUGAGGAGGAAUUAAAGGGGAGUGAGUCAACCGAUGAGCAACCAGAUGUUGAUGGUGAGAGAGCCAAUGAACUGGCCACCAGUGAGGAUGAGUUACCAGAUACUGAUGGUAACAAAGCCAAUGAACAGCCUGCCAAUGGGGGGGAGACGGAUAAGCAGGUACCUAUCAACUGAGUCAUAGAAUCUUGUGUCAUUGAUAAUGUAAGUUUUGCAGCAGUAGGAUAAAAUUUAUCAGCAUCCAGAAAAUUAUCAUGUUAUGGACAGUUACAACUUACCAGCCUUGUCGAAGCUACACAUCUCAGUGAAUUCUUUCCCAUUUCUUCUGCAUCAUGGACGAUCGUGGUUAAAUUAGAAAUGCAUGUCAAGCUCUUUUAUGAUU